AUGGGACGGCCGCGGGAACUACUGAUCGCUUCGAUGAUUAUUUCAGCCUACUUAUUUUUUUCAUGGUUUUGAAAUUGUAUUUUUUUCAAAAUUUCACCUUUUCUGAUUGAGGAGAAUGAAUGCGAAAGAAGAAACUACAGUUAGUCGACGAGAGGGCAAGAAAAUCGGAGAAAAACGAUCAAAUACAGGGUAAAUUUGGGCAUUUUUGAGGGCUUUUGGGAUUUUUUUCAGUAUCUUUGAGACUUUCAAGCUUGAAAAUCGAAUAGAAAGCGAAAUUUCAGAGGCCAAAAGCCAGAAAAUCGGAAAGCUUUGGUUAAAACUGCUCGCGGGGACGUUACCUUCGAGGAAUUGGAUGAUAAGGUGAAAUUUCGACUUUUAAAGUCAUUUAUCGAUUUUCUUAGGUUUAUAAGCCGAUGGGAUUCGAAAUUACCAAAUUUUAUGUACCUGUCCCAAUGGUGAAGCCUAUAGAACCCAUGGUUUGUAAGAAGGUGAGAAAAUUUCAUUAUUUUCGUUUUUUUUUUUACUUCUUAAGACUUUUAUGGAACAUGCAAGUUUGAAAAAAAAGAAAAAGAUGUCGGUUGAAUUUUAAAAAUCGAAAUUUGAAGGUUGAAAGUUUGCUCCAACGAACUAGGCCUCCUAUUGCCUGCCAACGCCUUUUUUUGAGUCUCAGAAAGUUGAAAAUGAAAAAAAAAAUGGGAAACUUUUUUGGGAGUACUUAGGAAUCCCAGAGAGGUCCCUAUAGGGGUUUAGGGCGUGACCCCUUGGCCCUCAACGCUUAAGUGGACCCUAUAGGAGUAUUUCAAUUUUACUCAAAAAAAAAACGCCUAAAUAUUCCGUCUUUCCUAUGGAAAAGCUUCUUCGCUUAGAGUUCAUAACAAUUAUCGACAAGGGUGUCCCCUAUAGUGGCCACUAGCUAAGAUCCCUAUAGGGACCACUUUUGCAAUUUUUGUGGUCCCAAAAGCAGACCAUACGAAGGCCCCUAAGGUCACCCCUAUAGGGACCACUCGGGAGAUCCUCAAUCCAAUUGGAAAUAAUAUAGAUGUCAAAUUCCCAUCGUACUGUCUUCAAUUGUCUUUUCCAAAAAUCGCAUACUGGGUUCAAAAUAAUUCCGCGAAAUUCAAAGUAGCCGUCAGAGAGUGAAAAAGAUAAUUAAAUUUCGGAGAGCCAGAUAUAAUUUUGAGUCUGGCGUUGAACACCUCAGUCAGUUUUCUCAGGUUUUUGACGAAUGGAUGGAAAUCGCCGAGAAAGAACAGCCGCCAUUGCCGCCAAGACGGAUAAGGCCCGAACAAAUGGACGAAUUUCUGCUCAAUGGCUACGCCAGUGUCCGAUGGGUCAGUUCGGGGAUUAAGUCUGUCAGAUUUCAAACUGAAGUGACGUCAUAUGAAAGGUAUCCUUGCCUUUUGAUUGGCUGAUAGCAGCGUUUUGGGCGGGGCUAUCAGUAGGUAUACCAAUUUAUUCAGUCUUCCAAGAACAUUAUCUGUGCUGAAUCAUGCAAUGAUUGUGGAUCUUCGGAUCGCGAAACUGUAGAUGAUCACGAAGUUGAUCUAGAUCAUCUUGUCUUUUUUCGGAAAGUAUUUUUCCGUUGAUCUGUUGCUCCGAUGGGUCAGUUCAGAAUGUUAGUCUGUUCAGAAAAAGUUUUUGGAUUGAAAUGACGUCAUCAAAGGAUUUUCUUGUCUUUUGAUUGGCUGGCGUUUGGGGCGGAGCUGCUGUUAGGUUUAAAAAUUAAUUCAGUCUUCCAAGAACAUUAUCUGUGCUGAAUCAUGCAAUGAUUGUGGAUCUUUGAAUAGCGAAACUGUAGAUGAUCACGAAGUUGAUCUAGAUCAUCUUUUAUUUUUUCGGAUAGAAAGUUGAGCUUUUUGAUGAUCAGUUGCUUCGAUGGGUCAGUUCGGGGCGCUAGUCAGUUCAGAAAUAGAUUUCAAAUCAAAAUGACGUCGUUCAUAUAUUCCUUUACCUGUUGAUUGCCUGAUUAGCGGCGUUUGAGCGGGGUUAGCUGAACCUAAUAACUCCGGAAAAGAUAUAGUUUUUAAAACUGUAAAGAUAUCAGUUAAGAUCUACCGAGACGAUCGCGACUCGCCGAGUGGAGAAAAGCCGAGACUCUGGCAGAAUAUGACGGCGAUUAUGGCGAAAUCCCCGAAUCGAUUGGCUUCUUAUGGCAUUGCUGGAUGUUGGUAUUAAUUUUUUUAUAAGGUUGUGAUGUAAUUGAUCAGGUGUCAUUUUGAAGGGAGGGUCAUAUAAAUAAGAGAGUCGCCAAAAAAGAGGCCAGAGAAUGAGACUUAUUUUUGAAAGUUUAGGCCUUGGAAAAAAAUCUCAUUUUCAUAUUCGGACUUCUUAUAAUGUUUUCAAGAAAAUUUAGAAGCUUUAAAAUUGAAAAAAUCGAAAUUUCCUGUUUUUGUCAGUGUCAUCGAACCAGGCGUUAUCGCUUUGUGAAAAUAGCAUGAUGAGGUUUUUUGAAAUGAAAUAUCAGUCUUUUCUCUCGAUGUAUGUGAUCCAUGCGAUAUCGCUUUGAUAAACCUAUCAAAAUCGAAAUAUCUGUAUCUUUUGUCAGUGUCCGUAAAGCGCGCGAUAUCUCUUAGAAAAAAACCUGAAGAAGCUACUCGAAAUGAACUAACAGGCUUUUUUUUCGGUGUCUGUGAAUCAUGCGAUAUCGCUCUGAGAAAGGCUACUUGUAUUGAACUGUAUGUAACUUUUUUCAGUUUUAUUGGAGCGCGCGAUGUCGCCAAGAAAAUAGCCUAAAGAAGCUACUUGAAAGAAAAACCCAGACUUUUGUUUCUUUGUCUGUAAACCAUGCGAUAUCGCUCUGAGAAAGGCUACUUGUAUUGAACUGUAUGUAGAACUAUAUGUAACUUUUGUCAGUCUCCUUGAAGCGCGCGGUGUCGCUUCGAAAAAAGCCUGAUGAAGUUUUUUCUAUCAAAAAAAUCUGUGACUUUUAACAUUGUCGGUGAACCACGCGAUAUCGCUUUGAAAAAGGUUACUUGUAUUGAAAUAUAUGUAACUUAUAUCAGUGCCAUUGAAGCGCGCGAUGUCGCUUAGAAAAAAAAGCUGCUUGAAUUGAAAUAUCACAAUUUUUCUCAGUGUCGGUGAACCACGCGAUGUCGUACGUCGGCCUGAAGGGCCUCCGCGGGUUCGUCGUCGGCAGCAUGAAGCCGUGGGUCGAGGCUUUCGCCCUGCACGCCGGAGCCGUCCACGUCCUCACCGUCGAGUACAACAAACUCGACAUCGAUCCCAAGUUUCGCGACCGGAUGAGCCACAUUUUCCCCGUCGAUUUUGCGCAGAACUGGAAAAAGUUCAUUGAAACUUGUGAUGGUUCCGAUUUUUUAAAUUUUUCAGCUACGCUGGAACUUUCGAUUUUGCGGCCACUUUCUCCUCGAUCGAGCAUUCUGGCAUGGGAAGGUGAAACAAAGAACUCCUGAGGGAAAACUUUUCCAUUAUUUUCUUGAGAUAUGGCGAUCCAAUCGACCCAUCUGGUGACCUGAAAGAAAUGCAGAAAAUUCAUUGCAUGUUAAAGCCUGGAGGUUGAAAUUUCCUUCAUGAAAAGUUCAAAAAAAUCUCAACUUUUAGGCCUUUUAUUUCUGGGAAUGCCCCAAGGAACCGACCAUAUCACCUAUAAUCUUCACAGGAUUUAUGGCCCCAUCCGGCUUGGCCUUAUGUUUGCAGGUGGAAAUAAUCUUCUCUUUGAAUACUAUCCAAAAAACCGCAUUUUUAGGUUACGAAUGGGUCCACACUUUCUCGGGUAAAUCCUCGUUUCCAAUCGAAGUCGACGCGGAAGCCUUCCGCACCAGCACCGGUGUCCAUGUCCAGCGCACCUUUGUCUUACGCAAAAUUUAA